UGGGGCGCGGCGACACGGUCUGCGCGGGGCGGGCGGACCGUCGCGGCCAUGGCGGAGCGCGGCGGCCGGCGCUGCUGCCUGGGCUGGGACUUCAGCACGCAGCAGGUGAAAGUUGUUGCUGUUGAUGCAGAGCUGAAUGUGUUCUAUGAGGACAGUGUGCAUUUUGACAGAGACCUUCUAGAAUUUGGGACUCAAGGCGGGGUUCAUGUUCACGAGGAUGGGCUGACAGUGACAUCUCCAGUCCUGAUGUGGGUCCAGGCUUUGGAUACCAUAUUGGAGAGGAUGAAGGCGUUGGGCUUCGACUUCUCUCAAGUCCUCGCCCUGUCUGGGGCAGGCCAGCAACAUGGAAGUGUCUACUGGAAGACUGGGGCCAGCCAGGUGCUAACAAACCUGUCACCAGACCUCUUGCUACAUAAGCAGCUGCAGGCUUGUUUCUCCAUCAAGGACAGCCCUGUGUGGAUGGACUCCAGCACCACAGCUCAGUGCCGCCAGCUGGAGGCCGCCGUGGGCGGGGCCCAGGCUCUCAGCAGCCUCACCGGCUCCCGUGCUUAUGAGCGUUUUACAGGAAACCAAAUUGCAAAGAUUUACCAGCAGAAUCCUGAGGCCUACUCACAUACAGAGAGAAUUUCUUUGGUCAGUAGUUUUGCUGCUUCCUUAUUCCUUGGGUCUUACUCCCCUAUCGACUACAGUGAUGGUUCUGGAAUGAAUUUGUUGCAGAUCCAGGACAAAGUCUGGUCGCAGGCUUGCCUUAGUGCCUGUGCGCCUCAUUUAGAGGAGAAGCUUGGCUCACCGGUACCAUCAUGCUCUGUUGUGGGGGCCAUUUCUUCCUACUAUGUCCAGCGCUAUGGAUUUCCUCCAGGAUGCAAAGUGGUGGCCUUCACUGGGGACAACCCUGCAUCGCUGGCAGGCAUGAGGCUGGAGGAAGGUGACAUUGCGGUCAGCCUGGGCACCAGCGACACCCUAUUUCUCUGGCUCCAGGAGCCCAUACCUGCACUGGAAGGGCACAUCUUUUGCAAUCCGGUUGAUCCCCAGCACUACAUGGCGCUCCUGUGCUUUAAAAACGGCUCCCUCAUGAGAGAGAAGAUCCGUGAUGAGUCGGCUUCCUGUUCCUGGAGUGAUUUCUCUAAGGCACUGCGGUCCACGGAGAUGGGGAACGGUGGGAAUCUGGGUUUUUAUUUUGACAUAAUGGAGAUCACCCCUGAAAUUAUUGGGCGCCACCGAUUUAGUGCAGAAAACCUCAAGGUCUCAGCAUUCCCUGGGGAUGUGGAGGUCCGGGCACUGAUCGAAGGGCAGUUCAUGGCCAAGAGGAUUCAUGCCGAGGGCUUGGGCUACCGAGUCAUGCCCAAGACAAAGAUUUUGGCCACUGGCGGAGCAUCUCACAACAAAGACAUCUUACAGGUGCUUGCGGAUGUGUUUGGUGCCCCAGUGUAUGUCAUAGACACUGCCAACUCAGCCUGUGUGGGCUCCGCAUACCGAGCUUUCCAUGGCCUUGCUGCUGGAACAGACCUGCCCUUUUCAGAGGUUGUGAAGUUAGCCCCAAAUCCCCAAUUAGCUGCUACCCCAUCCUCAGGAGCUUCUCAGGUCUACGAGGCCCUUCUCCCGCAGUACGCCAAGCUUGAGCAGAGAAUCCUGGCCCAGACCCGGGGGCCUCCAGAGUGAAUGCCUUGGGCCCAGGCACCCCUGUUAACCCUGCGUUCAGACUCCACUGAUCCCAUUUGGAGACAUGCUCCUCCUGGACAGCAGGGAUCCUCUUACUUGUCCUAAGGGAGUACCAGCCCACCUGACUCUGCAGUGCUCCAGCCCUGCCUGGGACCACCUGAAACCCACCUUAGCACACCUUCCUACACUUAAAUGGACCCUUUUUCCCGGAACAGGAAAGCAUCUGUCUUUUCCUGUCUAACCUGGGAGGCAAGAGAAAACAGUGAGACUGGGAUAUGUCCAGUAAAAACUGUGACUGUUGGCCUUUUAAAGGCAGAAGUAAAGCUAAUAUAGGACCUCAAUCAGGAGAACAGGGAGACAGAGCUGUCCCCCAUACCCUGACCCCAGCAACCCCUUCCCCAACUUGGUCUUUUUGGCUAGUCCUCCCCCAAAAUAACCUGCAGCCACCUUCUCUUGCCCCAUACUGUAACUCCUGUGGUCCAUCCCUACCCCUGCAAAGCCUGACCCCCCCACCCCAUCCCCCAGCUGCUUCCUCCUUCCUCAUUUCAGGGCUUCCUAGGGUCUUCCUUUCUUGUCUUCUCCAUGCUCACCCCUCCUUCAAGUUUUGGUCUUCUCACCCUCCAGCAUCUGCCCCUUCAUCCUCCCUAAUCUCUCCUCCCUCCCCAUGCCCACCUGCUGUAACUUCUUCCCACCCAAAAAGCUUGACCUGUUGAACAGGCUUCUUGUCUCCUCCCAUCAGCUCUGCCCACAGGCUGCCUGACUCCCUGGCACACCAGACCACGUUCAGGGGCCCUCUCUCAGGUGAUACAGGGGAGCACCUCCAUCCCUCCAUCCCUUCCUUCAGAAGAAUUUCUCAAAUUCUGGAUUUUGUUGAUUCUAUUCACGUACAUACUCUCUGUCUUCUGUAUUUCCUGUAAAUUGGUGGUUGGGACUAAUACAGAGCUCCUCAACCUCAAUACUAUUAGCAUUUGGGGCUGAAUAGGUUUUGGUUGUGAGGGGGCAGCAGUGUCACUGGCCUCGAUCCACCAUAUGCCAGUAGCACCCCUUCCCCAAGUCAUGACAAUUCAGGAUGUCUUCAGGCAUUGCCACACAUCUGGUGGGGAUGGGAAGACAAAAUUGCCCCUGGUUCAUAACCACUGACCUAGAAAUUUGAUCCGAUGCACAUGUGAUUAUUUCCCUUUUUAUUGUCAGACAACUUCAUAAGAUGGUGGUGUAUUCUUCUUUCAGAAGGCACCUAAUGUCUGGUUUUCUUAAUGGGUUGAUUCCCAAGCAUCCUCUAACAGCAAGUAGGUUUUUAUUUUCAGUGUCAAUACGAUACAUUUAAUAUAUUCUAUGUAUUUUUAUCUAUUACAGUAAUUAUUUCUACCUUGCCUUCUUUUUGAUAGUCAUUCUUUCCAGCUUCUCUCCUGCUUUCCUGAUAUUUCAUUCCUUCUUUCUUCUUUACUGAUAUGAGCACUCCUUGUGUACUCCUUAAUUAUUGCUUGGCCCCAAAUCUCUGUCCCAUCCCUCUUCUCUCCCAUUCUGUCCCCUGAUAUUUCAUUCCUUCUUUCUUUUUUUAAAAGAUUUAAUUUAUUUAUUCAUGAGAGAGAGAGAGAGGCACAGACACAGGCAGAGGGAGAAGCAGGCUCCAUUCCAUGCAGGGAGCCUGACGUGGGACUCGAUCCUGGGUCUCCAAGACCACACCCUGGGCUGAAGGCAGCCCUAAACCGCUGAGCCACCCAGAUGCCCUUUCUUUUUUACUGAUACGAACACUCUGUGUACUCCUUCUUAGUUAUUGCUCAGCCCCAAAUCUCUGUCCUUAUCCCUCUUUCUCCCCCAUUCUGUCCUCUCUUAUUGGAUGAUUUCAUCUCUUCUUGGGUUUCAACCACUAUAUAUAAGCCAGGAACACCCAGAUCUUUAUUUCCAUCCAGAACUCUCCUUAGAGUCUAUCAGAAUUCUCAGAGGGGUACUUCAGACUCCACUUAUCUUCCCUUGCCCUUCCCCAAACUUCCUCCUUUUGUGUUCCUAUUUCAAUGAACUGGUGCCCGCUGUUCGUUCAUCCAUUCAUUGAAGAACCCAAACCCCAAAUGCAGUUGUCCUCCCCCUUUCUUUGUCAGAUAAGUCACCAAUUGAGUUUGGUUAUUCCUUUGGUAACUCCUAAAGCAGUUCCUUUCUCUGUAUCCCUCCUGUUUUAUCUUAGAUCCUUUUAUUCAUUGCUCAAAUUAUGACAGAAGCCUACAUAGAAAGUCCUGUGUGAUCUGCUUCCUGCAGAAUCCCCCAAAUUUUACCUCUGCUGCAGGCCCCUGCCUGUUUUGGGACUUCGAUUAAAUCAGUCUAUUUGUGGUUUCCACCCAGAGUGGAAAAAUGCUGCAAACUGGAUCUGAGACCUGGUUGAUCAGAGAGUAUAGGGGGAAGACAAAAGGAAGAAGUUUAGAAAGUGGGUGGGACCAGCAUCAUCACUUCUGAGAGAGAUGGAGUCAUCUUGAAAGGAAGUGGUGCCCCUAGCAAGCUUGGUGGUUGAAAGGAAAAAAGAAAGCUAAAGAUAACAGCCUGUCAAUAGCAAGUCAAAGAUUCAGAAGAAGAUGGAUAACUUCCCCACCCCUACUACCUAGACAUUACUUAUUAAAUAAGUUUUACAACAUUGAUCAACAGAAAAAAGUUCUCUUGGAUCAAGAAACAGAAAGGACCAGUCAAUCCAUCUCCCAUUUUACCUUUGCCCCCAUAGAGUUGCCUGUUAUCACAAGCAUGUCAAUAUAACUAGAAAAAGGAACUCACUUUGUAUACAAAUAUAUGAAGAAAACAAAGAAUAAUAACUUUUCAAGCUGAUGAAAUAGUCCAAAAUAAAGAGAACAAAACAGUAAACUGUAACAACCCUCCAACAUAAACUCUAGAAUUUUGAAACUGAAUAUGAAUAUGAAUACCACAGUUCAGAAAAUGCAAAACUCCGAAUAAAAAUGAAAAAACA